GAGUAACUAAAUUAACUGUUAAUUUGUGCGAGUAAAUUGUCAUCAAAUUUACAACUGGAUCAAUUGAUUGUGUGUUUUUGUGAGAGUGUCAGAGGAACUACAAUUAAUUAUUUUUCUCCGUUAACAUUUGGAUUGUGAUUUUAAUUCUUCGUCUGAUUAAUAAAGCGAGAAAUUUAUUCUCUUCAACUCUUUGUGUCGACCAUCUUUGUUUUUUUUUCCUUCUUAUUUCGAUAAUCUUAUGUUGCCGAUAAUCUGAAAGUAUCUUAAUUGCUCAUAAUCAUUUCCAUGGUUUAUCCAAAUGAUUUAAUUUAUAUAAAUUACGUUUAAUUGGGUAACAAGUUUUGUUUUCGCGAUUCCCUGUGAAUGGAGGAAGAGAUUCUUGUCUCAUUAUCAUCUUCAUCUUCAUCUUCAUCAUCAUCCUCAUCAUCUUCUUCAUCAAUAUCAUCAGAACCACCAUAUUAUCAUCAUGAUGAUAAUGAUGAAUCAGAAGAUUACAUCUUUAAAACAGUUAAAUUUCGCUCUCAUUCCAACCACCGACUAGAAGAUGAUUGCUCAGAAUCAAGUCCAAUGAUACCACCUCAACCACCACCACUACCCACUCGUCCUCAUACCCUAGCAUUUGGAUCAACAACAAUAAGGACAACCGACAUAGACUGUAUCGGUCAAGGUCAAUUAUCACCAUCACCAUCAUCAUUAUCAUUAUCAGCCAUUGAGAUGAUUGAUAAGACUCAAGAGGAGGAAGAUGAAGAUGAAGAUGAUGAUGAUGAUUAUCAAUAUAAGGUUAAAGAUGCAAAUAAUACUAUAGCCACAAACCCCAUUGAUCACCAUUCUCAACCUCAUCUAUUUGAUGCAAACAAUAAUAAUAAUAGUUCAAUGGGUGGAACUGAUUUAAGAUCCGUUAAAAUUAAAGUAAAUGAUUUAACACCAUCAAGCUCACAAGAAUUUAUUGGCCCCACAUUGGGUGGACGACGGACACCAGGAACCCCUUCAAGUUUAGUUAGUUCAAUCAGUGGGUCACCAGUAGCAACUCCUUCACCAUUAUCAUCAACAUCUCCCCCAGUACCACCAACAACCCCAACAGAAACAACAACAACAACAAUAAACACCAACAAUUCACCAACACCCACGACCAAUAACAGUGGCUGUCAAACGAUAAUCUCAACCAUUGGUGGUACUACGGCCAAACGGUGUGCCAAGCGUAACGGUUUACCUUUAUUGGCCAAUAACCACCCCACUGGUAACAAUAAUAAUACUAAUCAUAAGCACCAUGACAAUGAACCAAUUCCUAGACGGAAAAGUUGGUCAUCAGCUACUGACCAAUCAUCUGGAAUUAAUCAAACCGAUUUUAAUGGUGAUUCAAUUAAAGGAAAAGGAAAUGGACCACAUAGAAUAAUCAGUUUAUCAAGUUUAGAUUCUGAUCUUGAGGAUACAUUUUAUGAUGCUCGAGAAUCAGAAUCUCCUAAAAAACGAGCCAACGAUAAAGGUCAAUCUUCAACAGCUGAUAAACAGCAACAAUUAACUAAUUUCACCUUGACUCGAUAUUCAUCAGCAUCCGCAUCUCGUCUAGAUGAUUUAGUUAAUAAUAGUGAAUCGCUGAGUGGUGGUAGUCAAAGUCCAGAAAGUUUAUUUGGUCAUCAAACGCGAAUCGCAAUUUCAUCAACCGAUAUCGUCCUUAACUCAUCCUCAUCUCCCAGUGGAUCACCAGAAUCUCAAAUUAACGUGAUCCCAAUUGAAAAGCCGCGAUCACUUUCAGCAAGUUCAAGUGAGACAAUUUUCAAACCUAAUCAUCAUAAUUUAAGCUCAAUUACUAGUCAACAACAACAAAAACCACAACAACAAUCAAAUCGCAUUUCAACCCAAUCAACAAUGUCCCAUGGAUGUGCUCGUAGUAUGAAUGAUAUAAUGACCAGCACCGGAACCACCGAUCGAUGUCCAUCACCUAAAAGUGGAUCUAAUUCAUCUUCUCGUGAAAGUAUCUCACCUCAAUCAACAACAACAAUCGGACAAUCAACUGUUACCACAAGCUCUUCCAAUCAAACCAAACAUCACCAUCCAAUGAACACAAUUAAUCCUCAGAUAAUUAAUAACACUCACACUUCCGCAUCCUCUUCCUCAUCUGAUUCAAAUUUUCUGGCUAAUUGUAGACAGUUUUUAACCUCAACAACCAGUAAAAUUAUGCCCAAUUCAACCCUCAAAUCAAAUCAUCAACACUCACCCUCACAUCAUCCUCAUCCUCAUCAUCCUAAUCAUCAUCCUCAUCAAUACCUGACUCCCCCUCGAUCAACUUUACAUAAAUCAAUAUCAACUCCCUCCAUUUUGGCUGCUCAAGAGGCGGCGGAGGAGCAAUCAACGUCCCGGGAACGUAGAGAUAAAAAUUUAUCCUACAUCAGUAAUCAAGAAAGUGACGAUGAAAAGUCAAUCUCAAAGAGGAAAAAAAGAGGAAGUUUAUUUUUCCGAAAGAAACGAAAGGAUAAAGAUACAAAAAAGGUAUCACCUCACCAAUUUGUGUCCGUUUGCUAUUCAAUUGCUGCUCUCUGUGAUGUUUGUAAAAAAGCAUUAGCCAAUAAACCUGCCAUUAAAUGUGAAAAUUGUAUGGUAACUGUUCAUGAUAGUUCAUGUAAGGAUCAGAUAUUAGAUUGCAAUAAGUUUCGUCUUGCCAAGAAACCAAGUCACUUGGCAUUGUCCACUAAAGACCGGACCAUUUCACCAAUGUUACAAGUUCCUCUGGGCCGACAUCAUUAUCAUCCUCUAAGAGGAUUCCCAUCUCUCCAUGAAUGUCCAGAUAUGGAAGAGUUUCCUAUUCCUAUUGGAUCAAAUGGUAAAUCAUCAUCUCCCACCUCAUCGGUUAAGGAUAAAAAACUCGGUGGAUUUUGUAAAAGUCAUCAAUCAUCAUCUCACACUUUAUCAUCUUCCCAUGACUCUCAGGGUAUUACCUGUAAACCACCAUCAUCAUCAUCACCCAGCAUUAAUCGUAAAUCAUACACACCAAGUGGCUAUUCACAAUGGAGGCGAGUUGCCACCAAAUUGGGUGUUAACAAAGUCAUUUGUGAGGACAAGGAACUGGACACUGGUGAGGAUGGACACAGCAACAUGGUUGAGACUAAUUCUGGUUCAAUGGAGUCACUUGAUGAAGGAGUUGCCGAAAUAAUUACCUCUGAAUUUGAAGAUGAUUUAAUAUUGAGGCUUCUGGAUGAUGAACCAGAAUCCUGGAACAAUACAGUUGAUAAAAAGGUUCUCAAACGAUUAAAGGAAAAGGACAUCAGACGACAAGAGGUUAUUCAUGAGCUAAUAAUAACGGAAAAGCACCAUUGCCUAACCCUUAAGAUCAUGCAAAAGAUUUAUGCUCAGGGUAUGAUUAAGGAAUUACAUAUGACCAAAGACAUGGUGGAAAGGAUAUUCCCCUGUUUGGAGGAUCUUCUUGAGACUCACCUCACAUUCCUGAAAAAGUUACGUGAAAGACAAUCUCUCGAUUCUGUAAUCGAUAGUAUUGGAGACAUCAUCUUACAACAGUUUUCCGGAUCAAAUGGUGAACAAUUAAGAAAUUGUUAUGGUCAAUUUUGUAGUCAACAUAAAGAAGCACUCUCAUUGUAUAAAGAUAUCCUAAAGACUGAUAGAAAAUUCCAAACUUUUAUCAAAAAAUGCAGUGCAAAACCAUUAUGUAAAACCAGGGGUAUUCCUGAAUGUAUUUUACUUGUAACUCAACGUAUAACUAAGUAUCCAUUGUUAAUUGAUUCCUUAUUGAAAGUAACCAAAGAUACAAAGUGUGAUUAUCUUGACUUGAGAGAUGCUCUGAGACAUAUUAAGGAUGUUAUCAAUCGAGUUGAUGCUCAGGUCGCUGAAAAGGAAAAGGAAAUUCGUUUACUUGAGAUUUAUAACAAAAUCGAUGCUAAAUCGACAACUUUGUAUAGAGGGAAAAAGUUUCGAAAAUCUGAUCUUCUUUCAAAUAAUCGUAAAUUACGACAUGAGGCCAAUAUUUCAUGGAAAUCAGCUCGUGGUAAAAUUAUCGAUGUGGUCGCUGUUGUUUUGUCUGAUGUUAUCAUUUUACUUCAAGAAAACAAUCAAAAGUAUCAUUUCUGUUCAUUAGAUAAUAAGUCAAGUGUUGUCUCGUUACAAAAACUAUUGGUUCGUGAGAAAGCUGGACAAUUGUCACGUGGUGUCUACUUAAUCUCAUCUAAUCCCCAUGAACCGGAAAUGUAUGAGCUUAUCUGUCCAACGGCAAAGGAUCAAAUAUUGAUUGAUCAAACUCGUGAAGCGGUUGAAAUGUGUCCUGAUGAAGAUGAAGAGAAUACCAAUGGCUCGGGUUCCGGUUCCGGUGGUCAUUCAGAAGGAGAGGAAAGGAAAAUUGAAGAAGCACGAAAGGCCAAAGUUCGUGAACUAUUAAACUCUAUGUACGAAAAAGAUGCUCGAAUGGCUCAAAUGUGUGAAGAUAAGAUGAAAAUUUUUGCUGAUAUGAUGGAAUUACUUGGAAUUGAACAGGAGGGAUUAGAGUUAAUCCGAUAUGUGCCAAUAAUUGAAGAUAAUUGUUCACCGGAAACAAUUAUCAACGCUGCCAAUGAAGCUUUCAGAAUAGCUCAUAGUUUAUACAUUUCGGGUACCAAUUUAUGUCGAUCGGUUUCCUCGGCGGGUGAACAUCAAAGUGACACUUUUGUCUCACCAAUUUUACCCAAACGCGCUGAAACCUUUGGUGGUUUUGAUAAUCCGGAAAAAGAUCCCACCCUACGUUUCAAUGCACUGAAAAAGAAACUCGUCCAACUGAAAGAUUGUACAUUCAAAGAGACGGAAGGAUCAAUGAUCGGUACCAGUGGUGGAAUCAUUGUAGUCGGUGGUGGUGGUGGAGAUCGAGCAUCAAGCUCUGGUAUUGGAAGUGGUCGGAUUACCGAAGCAGAAUCAGAUGGAAGUGGCCUUAACAAUAUAUUGGGAUCAAAUUCGUUAUCCUUAACAUCAGUUUCAUCUUCAACCACCGCUAACAAUCAAAACACCAGUGAAUCAUUCCUAUCAAUUAGACCGACAAUCAAUGAGAUCCGACGUUCAUCUGGUCCCGUUAUUGGUAACAAUUCAAGUACCAAUGUUUCCACUGGUACCAUUCACAAAUCGUGCUCAUCGUCAACCUCAAGUCCAGAAAAAUAUCAACGUAGAUCACUGGUCACAACACCGACACCCUCCAUUCAAUCACUGUUCACCCCUUCAUCCACCAAUACAUUGGCACCAAAUUCACCACUCAAUUCAUCAUCAUCGACAACGACAUCAUCAAUGUUUGCCACUCUACCUCUUUACGACCCAAGUGAUAUUUAUCGUCUAACAACAACCCCACUCUUAAUGACUCAAGGAAAAGAUCAAUUAAUUCAAAUUGCUGAGCUUCAACAUCAAGUCAAUCUUUUAAUGUGUUUAUUCAAUUAUCAACAAACUUUAUUUGAGAAUAUGAGAUUUCAGUUGAUGGAUUCAAAUAAUAAGAUAAUUCAACUUCAAAAGGAUAACAUAUAUUCAACCACCCACAGUUCAAGUAUGUCCAGUAGUGGUGGUGGAGGUUCAAGUGGAGGUGGUAAUAUUGUAGGUUGUGGUAAAGGUUUUGAUUAUGGUGGUGGUGGAAGUGGAUUAACAUCAUCAAGUGUGUCAACAUUAACUGGAGGUUUUCAGUCAUCGGCUUCAAGUUCAUCGGUAACACCAACGACAAUUGGAACAAGUAAACCAGAUCGUCGAUCAGUUUAUCGGCCUGAACAAGGAUUGGAAGAGUUGAGAAAUUUACAGGAACAAUUGAGAUGUGAGAAAAGUGAUUGGAUUAAAAGGUUGAACGAAGAGAAAAGUUCAAUCGAAGCGGAAAAAAGUUCAUUGGAAGAAUUGAAAGAAUCAGUUCGAAGGGAACAGAAAGAUGUUGAAGAACAGAGGGAAACACUUUACCGGAAAUUGGAGGCUCUUCAGAAGGAGGGAAUUAUUUUAUCACCGGCUCACACAAUCGUUAAUACAAGUAAUCCAAAUAAUCGAGGUUCUAAUUGUUUCCAUAACUCUGGUGUCUCCUCUUCUUCUGGUUCUGUUCAUGGUUGUACUUCCUCUUCUUCCGGUUCUUCUGCAAUUAUUGUCGAUCAAUCUGAUGAUAGAUUAACUGGAUUAACUAGCUCACAAUUAACUCGAUCUGUUGGUUUAAAUAACAUAUCAUCAACUCCAUCUUCUUCAUCUUCAUCACCACCCUCAUCAUCUUCAUCCUCAUCAUCAUCUCCUUCCGUAAUCACUACAACUGGAUCAAUAACAUCAGAUAAAUUUAUUAAUCAAUCAUCAACAUCAAUACAGCCAUUAAAUUAUGCCUUUAAUAAUAAUGUUGGUGCUUCUAAUAAUAUAAUUAAACAACAAUUACCCCUUAAAUUAGCUGUUAACGAGCCAGGUCAGGGUCGUUGUAAUCACAGUCAAUCAGUUAAUUCACCAAAUAAUCAACAAUUACCACCAACAAUUGGAAACAUCCCUCAUCGAUAAUAUAAUUUGAUUAUUACAAUCAUGAUUAUGGUUAAUUAUGGAAGUACAUUGUAAUUUGGAUAACAAUCUCGUAACAAUUAACACUCAGGAAUUAAAUACAUUACCAAUUACGAAGCUGAUUCUCAACUUUUUAUAUCAUUGGCUUUUGGAUGGAAAUGAUAUUUGGACACUAAUUGAUUAACUUAUAUAUUUAUUUAAUUAAUCAUUUAAUUGUUUCUCCUUAUUGUUAAUUGUUUCCUAAUUUCGUUUUUUCUUAUUAGACAUUAACAAAGUAAUUUACCUUUAAUUGUUAAUUGUUAUAUUGUAAUAUGAAAAUGACAAGAUUAUUAUUUAUUUUGUUUUUGUCGUAAAAUCAAUUGUAUAAAUAAUUGGAUAAUUAUGGUAUCUUUUUAAUUAACUAAUUGUCCAAAUAUUAUCAUUAUUAUCAUUAAAUGAUUUCUAAUUUUUCUC